AUGGUGAUACCUAGGCUAGAAAGUAUUUCAUCCACCACAAUUAGCUUCCCAUCACUUGAAAACGUUCGUAAAUUAGAAGCUGCUUGCAACUUAAAUAGUGGUAACCUACGAUACCUGUUAUCUAAAUGUACCAAUGUCAAAGAGCUAGUGAUUUACAGCUUAAACUAUUCGAAAACAAUGGAUUAUGUUCCCUCAAUAUCUACUAUGUUAGAUGCUACCCACGAUUUUCUAAGACACGAUAUGUGGUUAAAGAGCAGUUUUGCGAAAUACGAAUGCAGGGCAUGUAGAAAGUCUAUGAAAAAAAAGGUCGAAAUCAUAAACAGAAUGACAAAUAUUUUGUUGCGCGAAUCUUUCGAUCAUAGCAUAAGGAACAACUUAACGAGUCUGACUUUGGCUAGUUGGGGGUUUGACGAGAAAAACAUUGUGUUGCUGAAAAAUUUUUAUAAUCUGCAAACACUCAUCCUUGAUUGUGCCUUUUUCAACAAUAAAAUAAUUGAAAACUUGCCAGAUCGGCUCGAAACACUCGAAAUAGUUGCGAAACAGAACUUUGCAGAGGCGAAUUUUCGUCUAGUAAAUUUUGAUCCAGUCGUACUGAAAAAGCUGAAGGAACACAAAGGAAUAACAAAUUUGACACUUGCUGGUUGGUUUCUGACAAAUACCCGCAUUUUUGAUUGUUUACCGGUUAACUUGCUAACUCUAAAAAUCAUGUGCUCGUCUUGGGUUAGCAGCUUAACCCCUGAAAAUGUCGUAGGGACAGUGAUUAUUAAGAAAUUGAUUCUUGGGCUGGAUGAUCCGAAUUACUCCAUACCAAUUUACAUCGACACCAAUCCAAUGAGAAGGCAAUACUACAUGAUAUUCAAUUUUCUUAGGAGCUUCCUCGAUUUUGAGAGUUUAGAGGAGUUAGCUCUUGAGACAAGGGAUGAGUUAGUAAGCAUUGAUAAGGUGACAUAUCGAAUUAAGUAA